CCCGUGUUUUCUACGGCGCUUCUAAAGCAGCGGCGCUAACCUACGCAGCACGCUUCAUUCUUAUUAGCCGCCCGCUCUAUAGUCCCACAGUGUGCGCUAUAAUAUAAAGGGGGCUCUAUCUGCUUUGAGUCAGGUGGUCAAGUCCUACCUACAUCUUGAAUUUUGAGGUAGACUCGGUAACAAGCAAAGACUGCUUUCAGCGGCCGGCUAUCUGGCAACAUGCUCUUAUUAGAUUUGCCGUUGGAGCUACUACACGAGAUCCUUGGCUGGUCUAUUCUGAUCCGAGGCAUUAAGCGUGGUCUUCGUUUACGGCUGGUGAACAAGAUGUUUGCCCGGGAAGUUCUAGUCACGCUUCCCCUCUUCAAGACUUUAGAUCCCUACCCUCAGCCUUCGAAAGUCAGCGGAGACACGUCCAUACUCCCUAUAACUACGACUUACCUUGAGCGCCGUGUGCUGAAUGAGCGUCAAGGUGGGUCCGCAGUCCUGCUUCGAAUCCGUAGCGUUGCCGCCCAGCUGUGCCAGGAAAGUGUGGACGGAUCAGACGAACAAGAAUACAUCAAGCAACUGUGCCCUCUCGUGAUAGAGACGUGCAGAGUACAUCUGGAUGAGAUCUGGUCAGUUGACCAAAAUGUCUGCAAGAGGAAGGGAGCUAUUUACAGCAAUGACCUAGCUUCUGAUGUGUACCUUGCUGCGUUGUACACAAAUACUUGGCCAGUAGUUACGAGAUGGGCCAGAAGUGGGAGAAGCCUCUUGCAACGCAGUUUGAUUUUUGGUGACGCGCGCAAUCAUGCGGCCAGGUUUGGCAGCACCCAAGUCCUGGCAGCGAUGAUAGAAUCGCGCCACGAGGAUACUUUCCAGAUGAUGCGGUCUUACUUCCUGAUGAGAACAGCUGAAGCCGGGCGUAUGGAGAUAGUACGUUUUGUGUUCAACUUCAAAGCUACGCAGCAUCCAUGGGCAUUUGCUAGGAAAAGGUCGAGACCAAUAUACCCAUUUUUCAAUGAGCAGGGAUUGGCAAUGCUGAAUACUCCAAGUAAAGAGGUCUUCGACUUCAUUACUGAAAAACGAAGGAUCCAUUGUACCACAAGAACGUAUGGUGUCAAAGAGAACACCAAUUUCCUACUCCAUUGUGCAAGAAAAGGAUGGGCAGAUAUGGCCGCCCAAUAUCUCGCUCUUGGAGCACUUGUGGACGGUCCCGAAUCCGGUUCAAUUGAUGAAAAUCAACGCCCACUUCUUCUUGCAUGUAAAUACGGACACGAGGAUGUUGUCAGAGUGCUACUGGCCAAUGGCGCAAGCACCACUGCGCCAGCAUUAGAAACAGCUGUCAAGCACGGGCAAUUUACCAUUGCCUACCUACUUCUUGAUCAGGGUGCAGAGGUGGGAAGAGCUGUGGCUGAAGCAGUAGCGAAAGGAUAUCGCGUAAUGGUUCAUACUCUACUAGAGCGCCGGACAGAUGCUAGAGCAGGGUUGCAGGGGUUGCUUGUGCGCGCUUUUGAGCUGGAGGACGAGGCAUUGUUCCAGCUAUUGGUGCAGCAUUCUGGAGGGGUAGUAGAGGAAAUAACUCGGUCAGAAUGCGCGAGGGUGGCCAAGGAGAGGGGACUAGAGUCUAUGAGCAAAACGUUAUAG